AUGGUGAAGUCGAAGAACAAGAACAGCCAGCAAGCUAGCAAUGUCGACCACUUUGAACGCCUGCCUGAUGAAGUACUCCUGUCGAUACUAAGUCGGUUGGAUGACUUGAAUCAUCUGUUCCAAUGUUCUCUGGUCUCAAAGCGGUUUGCCUCUACAACAUUCUGCAUUCGUUCCGUUUCCAUUACUCUCUCGAAGCUGAAAAGAUAUCCAAUCGUGGGGGACGAUGACAUAUAUCACAUCCCCUAUUUGAUGCUUGGAUUGUCCAAUAAGGAAACCCAUGAAUUAGACAAGACAUGGCCGAUUGAAGAGCUCAAGUUCUCCUUGUUCCUUCAAAAUUUCAAAGAACUCAAAUCCAUUAACCUGGACACCAUAUGCCCGGUUUUCCUCUCGGGCUCCCCAUUCAUUAAAUGGAAGGCUAAGUACAAUGAAGACAAGGCCGGGUUCGAGAGCAUAGUGUCUUUAGCGGCUAGCUCGAUCAGCAAGAAAGACGAAGAAGAGCCCGACCUGGACAACCAGUUUUUUGACUUGUCGAUGGCUCAUCUAAGGGCUGUUUUCCAACCUGUCAAGUGCUGCACGGAGUGGCUUUUCAUGUUGAGCUUGCUCGUGAGGCACCACCGUUUGCUGGAGAGGAUAGUGAUUAGGGACACGAAGGGGAAGGGGAGUUUGGUGGUAAAAGGCCGACACAUAAAAGAGUGGAGAGAAUACUUAGUCGAAGCGGGCCCACAGGCUACGAGUUAUUUUAUGAUGAAUAAUCUGAGUCUGUGCUGGCUGCCUGAGCUGCGACUCCCGGUUACUGGGUAUGUGCUGAAGGGGGUGUGUUUUAUGGUGAUUAUGGGCAACGAGCAGGACACUGUCCUGGAGUUUGGUGAUGUGAUGAGGUGGGAGUACGAGGGGAAAGAGGAAGAGGAUGAGAAGGUGCUUGAGGAGGCAAUGUAUGAGAUUGUGACGAGGCAUUUGGGUAAGUUUUUCAGGUUUGUCAAGUUCCCUAAUUUCUUCGCUGCACAUACUUAA